CAAGUAUUUGCUAAAGUACAAUAGAUUAAAAUACACAAAAUGUAUAGAAAAAUGGUAUCCUAUAUAUUGGUUAAAUCCAUACACAAAAACCUCUAACGUUCACUCUUGCCAAGUGCCACAUUGAGGCCAACUUAGUUGAUUCUUUCACUACAAAAUCAUGUUUUUCUCUUCCUCCUCAUCACCUUCUCCCUUCACUUUCUUGCUUAUUAUCUUGAUUCUAUUUAUAGCUUGUGUUGAUUUUAUCUACACAACUCCAUCCAAGAUUGGCCAAGGUUACAAGUUGAUCUCCAUACAAAAAUCACCAGAUGGAGGCCUCAUAGGUCACCUCCAAGUCAAGGAGAAGAACAAUAUUUAUGGACCAGAUAUUCCAAAUUUGCAGCUCUAUGUUAAGCAUGAGACAGAGGAUCGUUUGAGAAUUCACAUAACCGACGCAGAGCAACAGAGGUGGGAGGUGCCUUACAACUUAUUACAAAGAAGUACACCCCAAUCGUUGAAACAAAAUGUUGGUAGAUCAAGAAAGAGCCUUUUUCCACCAGCAGAAUCAGAAUAUUCAGGGAGUGAGUUAAUAUUCAGUUAUAAAAAUGACCCUUUCAGUUUUUCUGUGAAAAGAAAAUCAAAUGGACAGACCCUUUUCAAUUCCAUCUCUGAUGAUUCAGACCCAUAUAGCAAUUUGGUAUUUAAAGACCAAUAUCUUGAAAUAUCCACAAAAUUGCCUAAAGACGCUUCUUUAUAUGGCCUUGGUGAAAAUACACAGCCCCAUGGUAUUAAAAUUUACCCAAAUGACCCUUACACUUUGUACACAACUGAUGUAUCAUCUCUUAAUCUUAAUGUGGAUUUGUAUGGGUCCCAUCCUAUGUAUAUGGAUUUGAGAAAUGUGAAUGGAGAAGUAAAUGCUCAUGCAGUUUUGUUGCUUAAUAGCAAUGGGAUGGAUGUGUUUUACAGGGGAGAUUCUUUAACUUACAAAGUUAUUGGGGGUGUUUUGGACUUUUACUUCUUUUCUGGUCCCACACCUCUUGCUGUUGUUGAUCAAUAUACUUCCUUCAUUGGUAGACCUGCUCCAAUGCCUUACUGGUCUUUUGGAUUCCAUCAAUGCAGAUGGGGUUACCACAAUUUAUCAGUAAUAGAGGAUGUUGUUGAGAACUACAACAAAGCCAACAUCCCUCUUGAUGUGAUCUGGAACGAUGAUGACCACAUGGAUGGUAAAAAAGAUUUCACCCUCAACCCUGUCAACUAUCCUCGUCCGAAUUUGCUAGCAUUCUUGGAGAAAAUUCAUGCCCGAGGCAUGAAGUACAUUGUUAUCGUUGAUCCUGGAAUCGGAGUCAAUAACACUUAUGGUGUUUACCAAAGAGGUAUAGCCAACGACGUCUUCAUCAAAUACGAAGGCAAGCCUUAUUUAGCUCAAGUAUGGCCCGGUGCUGUCAAUUUCCCGGAUUUUCUCAACCCAAAAACGGUUGAUUGGUGGGGUGAUGAAAUUAAGAGAUUUCAUGAACUUGUGCCUGUUGAUGGACUCUGGAUUGAUAUGAAUGAAGUGUCCAACUUUUGUUCGGGUUUGUGCACGAUUCCCGAUGGCAGGAUUUGUCCUAAUGGGACCGGUCCGGGUUGGAUUUGUUGCCUUGAUUGCAAAAACAUAACGAGUACUAAAUGGGAUGAUCCGCCUUACAAGAUUAAUGCUAGUGGAAUAGAAGCACCAGUUGGUUACAAAACGAUAGCCACUAGCGCGGUUCACUAUAACGGAGUUAGGGAAUAUGAUGCUCAUAGCAUUUACGGGUUUUCUCAAUCGAUUGCAACUCACAAGGCGCUCCAAGGACUCGAGGGAAAACGUCCGUUUAUAUUGUCCCGUUCCACGUUUGUUGGUUCGGGACAUUAUGCUGCACACUGGACAGGGGAUAACAAAGCAACUUGGGAUGAUUUGAGAUAUUCAAUAUCUACAAUGCUGAAUUUUGGCUUGUUUGGUGUUCCUAUGGUUGGUUCGGAUAUAUGUGGAUUCUAUCCAGCGCCUACGGAAGAGCUUUGCAACCGUUGGAUUGAAGUUGGAGCGUUUUAUCCAUUCUCAAGGGAUCACGCGAACUACUACUCCCCUAGACAAGAACUUUACCAAUGGGAAAGCGUGGCUGAAUCAGCUCGAAAUGCAUUAGGAAUGAGAUAUAAAUUGCUUCCAUAUUUCUACACUUUGAACUAUGAGGCACAUAAUACCGGGGCCCCAAUUGCUCGUCCGCUCUUCUUCUCUUUCCCAAAUCAACCAGAGCUUUACGACGUGAGCACACAAUUUUUACUAGGAAGCAGUGUCAUGGUCUCACCGGUGUUGGAACAGGGGAAAACAGAGGUGAAAGCUCUGUUUGCUCCGGGCACGUGGUAUAAUUUAUUCGAUAUGACACAAGCGAUUGUCACAAAAAAAAUACAAUACAUCACACUAGCUGCCCCUCUAAAUGUGGUGAACGUACAUUUGUUCCAAAACGCCAUAAUAGCGAUGCAACGCGGUGGAAUGAUAUCAAAAGAAGCAAGAAUGACGCCUUUUACCCUCAUAGUGACCUUCCCAUCAUCGGGGACGAAUGAUGUGGAAGCUAAAGGGAAUAUUUUCCUCGAUGAUGAUGAACUUCCAGAGAUGAAAUUAGGAAACGGGUACUCAACAUAUAUCGAUUUCCAUGCAACAAGAAGUAAUGGAACAGUGAAGCUGUGGUCAGAAGUGCAAGAAGGCAAGUUUGCAUUGGAUAAAGGCUGGUUCAUUGAGAAGGUUAUAGUUUUAGGCACAAAUGGCACAGAUGGAGCAUUUGAAAUUUACGUCGAUGGACAGCCGAUUGAAGAUACCUCGAAAGUGAAGUAUAGUACAGCAGAACACAAGUAUACAUACAAUUUGGAGGAUGAAGGACAUACUAGGAAGAGUAUGAUGAUGGAUAUUCAUGGACUGGAAUUGCCUUUAGGGAAGAACUUUGUUAUGUCCUGGAAAAUGUGAAGACCCAUCUUUUUUAUAGAAAUAGGCAAAUAGAAUCAAGUACUAGACCGUAGUAUUGUAAGAGUUGUCAUUAUUCUGUUCUUGAUAAAUCCAGUGAAGUUUUUAAA